CCAGGAGGAGUUGCGAUAGGGGAAAAGGGAGCUUGCGGGUUGGGCCUCUGGAGGGGACCCGACCCACGCUUCUGGCUUCCUCUGUAUUACUGGGAGGGGUGGAGAGUGAAGGUGGCUCUCAUUUGCAUAUGCAAGUUUAUCCUAAUACAUUAUACUAAUAAUAGCGACGCCCAGCAGCGUGUUUGUGUGUGUGUGUAUAUCUAUAUAUAAUAUAGCCCUGUACGAUGUUCAGAAUGCUUCAUCUCCCUUAGCUUUUUGUUGCAUUUAACAACAAACAACCCAGCAAGGUGCCCUGCAGCGCCAUGUCCAGCCAGGACGACGAGGCAGGGAAAGAUGGCGCCUUUGCGGCUGAGCACCUGGCCGCUGAGUCCAUGGCGGCAGAUAUGGAUCCCUGGGUGGUCUUUGAUGCUCGCAAGACCCCCCGGGCUGAAUUUGAGGAGUGGCUGCAGACCUACCAACCAUCCCGUGUGUCCCGCUUUGGCGACCCCGUGCGGAAGGCGGAGCCCGUGGGCUGGAUCGCUGUCUACGGACCCAGCUUCUGUCCCGAAGGGGGCGAUGUGGUGGGGCUGCAGGACGACUGGGAGCUGCUGCAAGGCAGCGGGCGCCACAUCACCUUCGAGACGGUGAAGGAGCUGGCCCUGAACCGGCGGGUGCUGACUGGGAAGUGGUUAAUGCACCUGGACAGCGGCUUCAAAGUGGACCAUGCCUGGGCCGGCAUUGCCCGGGCGGUGGUCAGUGGGCGCAUUGGCGUGGCCAAGGUCAGCCCCUGCUGCCCUGACUCAGAGCGCAAGCAGGUCAUCUGCGUGUACACAGAUGACUUCACGAAUGAGGAGCAGGUGCUGGUGGCUGAUGCAGUCGUCCGUGCCACGGGCGUCAAAUGCCUGUUGUCUUAUAAGCCUGAUGUGUACACUUACCUGGGCAUCUACCGUGACAACCGCUGGCAUCUUUGCCCCACCAUCUAUGAAAGCAAGUUUGAUUUGGAAUGUAUUCCCCGCCGCUCCCGCAUCAUCAACAAAGUGAGCAACACAGAAGUGACUUAAAACUUGCUCGUUUGGACAUGCAGCACUUCCAGAGGAAUGGUGCUGCCACUGGGAACUACGGGUCCCAGCGUGCAAUGCUCACCCCUCUCUUUCCUCCUUCCAAGGGGCCACAUGACUUCUGGCAGUUGCCGGGAGGAGACAGUUGCCAAACACAGGCUGGCUGGGUUGUUGUAGGCAGGAUUUCUGCAUUCAGUGGCAGAUGUCCUUAACUCUUGUUGUCUGAAAGGCCCAGCUUCAUGCUGCUACAUUUCUGAACACCCAAAUUUCUCUUUAAAUAGCUAAUCUGAGUGUGCUGUCCUUUUUGUUUUCAAGAACCUCUUAACAGGAAUGCAUCUCUGCACACCGUUUCCUCAGGUGUGUGUGUAUUGCUGUCGUACCACCCGGGGAGUGAGGACACCAACUUCCUUCUCCUACUUUGGUACUAAAAUAACUCACAGCUGCACUUGUAGAAAAAUUGCUGUAGUGGUGAAAGAGAAAAGGUUGCGGUAAGGCAAAUGACCUCUUCUGUGACUAAUCCUAAGACACAGGUAGCCAACGUGGUGCCCUUCAGAUGUUUCAGAUGACAACUCCCAGCAGCCUUGACGGCCAUACUGAGUGGGGCCGGUGGGAGUUAUAGUCUAAAACAUCUGGAGGCCACCCAAUUGGCUACCCCUGUGCAAAGAGGCGGCAUGCUUUGUCACAGCGUGGAACAACUUCAGCUUGUGGGUUUUCAUAAUCAGGCUAUCAAAGAGUCCUGUGAAACUCAAAAGCUUGUAUGCUCUUGCUCUGGAUUAUUUUGUUAGGUCCAGCUUUAGAGUUUUUAUCAGGAGAGAAGAGAUACUGAAUACAUCAGAUGAAGGCCAGUGGAGCCAGUGGCCUUCCAGGUGAUGUUGGACUACAACUCCCAUCUUCCUUGAUCACCGGCCAUCCCGAUGGGAGUUGGGAGUCCAGGAACAGCUGGAGGGGCACAGGUUCCUCAGGCCUGAAUUGACCCCUGGGAAAAGUUGUUUCUAGGGAAGUUUUUCUUUGAAAACCUCUCUAACGCUGCAGGAGGGAGGCGUUGCAUAGUUUCAGCACGAAGGCUAAAUACAGACAUUACCACAAUUGAGUGCGUAAGUGGGGUGACAGUCCAGACAGGUUCCCUACUGGUUGUGGGGGAGAAGUGUCAUCACCAGAGCACAAAAUUAUUCAGAGGAAAGGUUUCUUAACAUUUCUGUCCUCUGGAGGUUGUGGAAAAUAGUUUUGACACAGCAGCAUUCACCUACCUGUAAUACAGGUUAAAAAAAAAUACAAUAAAGUCAUAUUGGCCUC